AUGAAAAAAUUAUGUUCCCAUAUAAAAUCCGAUUAUGAUCGGACAUACGACGAGGAGGAAUUUAACAUUAUGGAAAAAUAUACGAAAAAAAUUAUUUACUUUCUAUAUGGUUGCUCUUUGAUAUCAUCAAGUAUUUUAAAUCUUUUCUUAUAUCUCUUUGGUAAAAAGGAUAAAGAUCAAUUAACAUUACCCAUAUCUAUUAAUAAUGAUUUAAGCUCAUGGUCGUAUUAUAGUUCACUCAUUUAUCAAGUGAUAAUGAUUUAUUUGUUAUUGACAAUAGCCUGUGCCUGUUUUUCAUCAUAUUGGGCAUCGAUACAACACGCUUGUAGUCAAUUUAGCAUUAUAAUACGAAGGAUACAUGAACCUUUUCAAAAGCAUCAGAUGUGUUUACGUAAAAUUAGUUAUAAUAGAACACCUGAAGAGGAAUUCGAUUGGAUAUUUGAUAUAAUAAAGCGUUUUGUAAGAGUCACCGAAUUUGUUGACUUGAUUAAUGAUUUUUCGGAGACGAUCUACUUUGUUAUAAUUUCUUUUGGAAUGUUCCUCAUUGUUUUUAAUUUUCUUUACAUGUUUGAAUUAUUUACGAAAUUGAAAAGGAAAAUUGAAAUAAUUGAAUGCAGUAGCUACAUUAUUUCCACUCUAUUAACUACAUACAUUAACUUUUACAUUGGACAACGGCUUUUGAAUCAUAGCAAUGACGCAUCUAAUGAAUUGUGUCAAGUUCCUUUCUACGUUCUUUCAGUGAAAACUCAAAAGCUCUUAUUAUUUGCGAUCAUGAGAAGUAUGAAACCGUGCAUAUUAUCGAUCGGUGGUAUGUUCGUAUCAUCGCACGAAGUUUUUGCUUGGGAUCAAUAUAUCAGAAUAUUUAGAAUAUUUGAAGACUUUGUUGUCAAUACAGAUAGUGAAUCAUUGACAGUUAUGGAGACCAAAAAACUUUUAAAAAAUAAAUCCACGAAAUGGAUAUAA